AAGAACACAGAGAGAGGGGAGCAGAGACAGAGGGGGCAGCAAGUGAUUUAUCCUGGGACCCAGGAACCCACUGUACCCAAUUGAAAAUCAAAUUCUGCAGAGACAGAGAUAGGAAGAGAAAAAGAAAUAAACAUACUUAACGCCAGGAGCGUCUCUUUCUCUGCCUCACUCCCUCUCUCUGCCCUAGUCCUCUAGUCCCCCAACUCCUGGCCCGUAGCUUUUGCUGGGGAUACCAUGUUGUUCUUCGCCCUCCUGCUUGAGGUGACUUGGAUCUUGGCUACCGGCGGGGGCCACCACUGGACCUAUGAAGGCUUUCUAUCCAUCUCCUCUUCCCCUCAUUCAGCUUUCUUGUCCUCACACAGGCCCACACGGUCAGGACCACUGGCCAUCCUCAUACCCUGAGUGCGGAAGCGAUGCCCAGUCCCCCAUUGAUAUCCAGACAGACAGUGUGACAUUCGACCCUGAGCUGCCUGCUCUACAGCCCCACGGAUAUGACCAGCUUGGCACUGAGUCUUUGGACCUGCACAAUAAUGGCCACACAGUGCAACUCUCUCUCCCCCCCACCCUGUAUCUGGGUGGACUGCCCCGAAAGUAUGUAGCUGCCCAGCUCCACCUGCACUGGGGUCAGAAAGGAUCCCCAGGGGGCUCAGAGCACCAGAUCAACAGUGAAGCCACAGCUGCAGAGCUCCACAUCGUUCAUUAUGACUCUGAGUCUUAUGACAGCUUGAGUGAGGCUGCCCAGAAGCCUCAGGGGUUGGCUGUCCUGGGCAUCCUAAUUGAGGUGGGCGAGGCUGAGAAUCCAGGCUAUGAACACAUUCUGAGUCAUCUGCAUGAAAUAAGCCAUAAAGAUCAGAAGACCUCAGUGCCUCCCUUCAGCGUGCGAGAGCUGCUCCCCCCACAGCUGGACCAGUUCUUCCGCUACAAUGGCUCACUCACCACACCCCCGUGCUACCAGAGUGUACUCUGGACAGUCUUCAACAGAAGGGCCCAGAUUUCAGUAGGACAGCUGGAAAGGCUUCAGCAGACACUGUUCUCCACAGAAGAUGAGCCCUCUGAGGCUCUUGUCCAGAACUACCGAGCUCCUCAGCCUCUCAACCAGCGGACUAUCUUUGCUUCUUUCGUCCCAGUGGGGCCCAUGUAUACUACAGGUGAAAUGCUGAGUCUAGGUGUGGGAAUCUUGCUAGGCUGUCUCUGCCUUCUUCUGGCUGUUUAUUUCAUCGCUAGAAAGAUUCGGAGGAAGAGGCUAGGAAACCGCAAGAGUGUGGUCUUCACCUCAGCUCGAGCCACCACGGAGACAUAAACUCCCCUCUCAGACAUCACGCACACCUUCCCCUUACACUUGUCAGGGAGUCAGUGAAGUGCAGACAGGUCAGAAAAGUUAGGAACAGUAGGCAGACACCCUUCCUUCUUCUGGACACCCCCCACCCUAAAGAUAAGAUCCCCAGUUCUUCUUGAGAAGACAGCAGAGUCUUCAGUUUCUCAAAACAUGUGGGAGACCAGGGACCUGUGUAUACUCAUGCAGAGGGCAAACUAAUUUUGUUUAGUUGUUGAAGUUGAGAAUGUACCCCAAAGCCGCUCAUUCUUCACCUUUAUAUCAUCCCUUCUCCUAGAUAUGCUGCAGGCUCUCCCCAUAGGAAAAAGGGCUGCUGCCGAGAUUAUAUUUUUUGCUCAAUAUAUUUGGAAAUUAAAAGUUUCUGACCUUCA